GGCAGCAGGGCAGUGGGAGUGCAGACUGAAAACAUGCAGACCACCAGGGCACUACUCAUUCCUCCUGCUCUGACCCGCUCUGGUACCAGGGGUCUGAUCAGGCCUGUGUCUGCCUCCUUCCUGAGGAGGCCAGAGGUCCCAUCUGAACAGCCUUCCUACAGCAGUGUCCCACUCCCCGUGGCCAGGCGGGAGUUCCAGAUCGGUGUUGUCUCCUGGGACACUGACACAGCGGCCAAGUUUAUCGGCGCUGGAGCCGCCACAGUUGGUGUAGCUGGUUCAGGGGCCGGCAUUGGCACAGUGUUUGGCAGCUUGAUCAUUGGCUAUGCCAGGAACCCAUCUCUGAAGCAGCAGCUCUUCUCCUAUGCCAUUCUGGGCUUUGCCCUGUCUGAGUCUAUGGGGCUCUUCUGUUUGAUGGUCACCUUCCUCAUCCUCUUUGCCAUGUGAGGUUCCAUGAAGGUCACCUAC